CGCAGUCGCGACGAGGAUCUAGUUCUACCGGGUCGGUGGUGGAGACUGAGCGGGGCCGCGGGAGCCGCCGAGCAACAUGGCGGAACCCGGCCGACCCCAGCGGAAAAUGUCCCGGGCCGGGGAGAGUUUGUACAGAGUCCUGGGCCUGGAGAAGGGGGCUUCUUCAGAGGAGAUCAAGAAGGCGUACAGGAAACUGGCCCUGAAGUACCACCCGGACAAGAACCCCGAGAAUCCCGAGGCAGUGGAGAAGUUCAAGGAGAUCAACAAUGCGAACGCGACGCUGAAUGACGAGAACAAGCGGCGGAUCUAUGACGAGUAUGGCUCCAUGGGGCUCUACGUGGCAGAGCAGUUUGGCGAGGAGAGCGUCAAGUACUACUUCCUCAUGUCCAAGUGGUGGUUCAAGGCCUUGGCCGUGUGCUGUGGCAUCGUCACCUGCUGCUGCUGCUGUUGCUGCUGCUGUUUCUGCUGCGGGAAGUGCCGUCCGCCAGAGGAUGAGGACUCCUACAAGUAUGUCAACCCGGAGGACCUGGAGGCGCAGAUCCAAGCUGAGGCCGAAGAGACCCAGACACCCAUUGUGGUGCAGCCCCUGCCUGCGGCAGCUGGAGAGGAGCCGCUGCCAGGCGCCAGCCCCAGGACUGAUGCAUGAGGCCAGCUUCGACCUGCCGACUGCCUGUCCCCUCGCCUGGACUCUGGGUGAGAACCCCACUGGAACUGCCGCUGCCCGGGGAUCCUGUCCCCCCCGCUGGGGGCAGCCAGGCCACCUGGCUGUGGCUCGAAUCUCAGGUAAACUGGCAACGCCUGU